AUGUUCAUGCCUAUUUUUUCUAUGGCCAUGCUGUGGGCGACAGGUCGUGGAAAGCCCACGUGUCAAACGUAUGGGACCAAAGAACUGUCUUCAUUUUUCAAGGAAGGAGACAUUACUAUUGGAGGAAUUUUUUCCUUUCACCAGAGCCCAGUCACUGCGAGUUCAGCUCUUGAACUCAACCCAGGUUCAAUCCAGUGUGAAGGGCUGGACCAAGGUGAACUUCAGUAUGCAUACACCAUGAUGUUUGCCAUUGAGGAAAUAAACAACAGCUCAGAGCUUUUGCCAGAUGUGACCCUUGGUUACAUAAUAUUUGAUUCUUGCCCCAGUAUCCCCCUGUCCAUAAGAGCAUUGUUAAAUCUCAUGAAUGUGUACGAAGGGGAGAAAAGCAGCUGUGAUAAACCCUCCAGUGUUCAUGCUGUCAUUGGGGACACCACCUCCAAUUCUACUAUUGGCAUAGAACGCACACUAGGACCCUUCCAUAUACCUGUGAUAAGUCAUUCAGCCACUUGUGCCUGUCUCAGUAACAGAGGAGACUACCCUUCUUUCUUUAGAACCAUCCCUAAUGACAUUUACAGAACCGAUCCAAGGCAGCGUUUCUUAGAUGUCGUGAAUAUUAUCAAAAAAUCCACUUCUAAGGUAAUUGUGGCAUUUGCAGACGGUACAGACCUUGAUAUACUAUUCAGAGAGCUUCAUGCACAGAGUGUAACUGGUCUGCAGUGGGUAGGAAGUGAAGGGUGGAUUACAUAUCGACAAAUUGCCACUCCAAUGAACUAUGCUGUGGUCCAAGGCGCAGUCGGAUUUGCAGCACUAAGUUCGCCCAUCCCUGGAUUACAGGAGUUCCUAAGAAACAGCAAGCCCUCCAUUACAGAAGGAAAUCAGGGGCUUGUGGAGUUGUGGGAGAUGGUAUUCAACUGCACCCUGAAGUACAAAACAGAGGCUCAGGAUUACAAACCGUGUAAUAGGAUGGAGACUCUAAGGAAAGUCAACCUGCCGUUCACAGAUGUGUCAGAUACCAGCCUGCUGAAUAAUAUUUAUAAGGGCACAUAUGCAAUCGCUCAUGCCCUGAACAUGUUAAUUAACUUUGAAAAUGAACAGGGGCCUUUUGAGAACAACUCAUGUGCUGAUAGGAAAAAUAUACAGCCAUGGCAGGUAUUGUAUUACCUGUCAAGGGUAAAUUUCACCACUGACACUGGUGAGAAUGUGUUCUUUGAUGAUUUGGGUGACCCUGUAGCACACUACGCUCUGGUAAACUGGCAGAUGGAUGAAACCGGCCACACACUGUUCCAAACCAUUGGUUACUAUGAUGCCUCCCAGCCUGAAGGUCAGCAGUUUGAUGUUAACCCAGGUGUGAGUUCUCCUUGGGCUGAAGAGAACCAUGAGAUAAAAGGAGCAUUUGGGUGA